GUUGCCGCGUUCUUGCGGUUUUCCGUGUUCAUUAUUCUGCGCGGCUUGGAAGGACAACGGAAAACAACAUGUCUUUAACGCGUUUGCAACUGCUGAAGUCGACGACGACAUUACCAUGGACCAAGGACUUUCGACAUCUAAAGCCUGUUCCAAAGUAUUGGCAAGAACGGCAUUCUUUCUUUGACCCCAGACUCAAGGUCGUCCCUGUCAAAGACAGAAUCAAGUAUUGGAAUGUUGUCCCAGGAGAUCAAAUUCGUAUACGAGGGGACCCAAGGGAAACUCUUCACGAGGUGCUCAGUAUCAAUAGAUUCAGCAAUCGUGUGUACUUGAAAGGGUCUGUGAUCGAUGGAAACCAGCGCAAGAUGGCGGUGAAUAAGAGUGUACACUACUCUCGGUGUCAACUAUACAUUGGCAAUUUCGAAUUUCCGUCAAAAAAAGAUCCUAAUGGGCCAACUUUGCUGUUACCCGUAUUCGCACGCCGUGUAGGGGUAAGGAAGCCUCAUUGGCAACCUACAGGUCAUCGUUAUGAAUGGAACCGGAUUGCCGUUGCAACUGAACCACGGGUAAAGGUAGACGAUGAAGAUAUGGUUAUACCUUGGCCUGUACCUGAACCUCGCAAACUACCAGACGCUAACCCAACCUACGAUACUUCCCUGGCAGCGGUUGAAGAAAUCACGUAUCAGCCGCCCAAAUUACCGUCAAAACCUGGUCAGUUCACACCGAAACCUGCCUCUGAGGAUGAGUACAUCAAGACACUGUUUCACCCACGGCCUAUGCAUUUUGACGAAUCGAACCCAAUGGAAGUCCAUCUUGCCAAAGAACUGAGUAAUCCCCAUGGACGUGCAAAGAAACAAAAACGAUGGCAAGCUGCUCAGGCGAGCAAGGUUGAGUUAUUGAAACGGUUUAUUGCGAAAGAGAUAGGGGAUUUGAGAGGACGAUCUGUACGCGAGGCCAAGGCUGAAGCUGCAUGGAAGUACCGCCAGAAGCUGGAGGAUGAUAGGAAGGCUGAGAAGAAGAGGAGAUGGCUCACGAAGGAGCGUCUAGCUAGUAUGGAGAGGAAGAGGAAACGAAAGGACAAGAAAGAGGCGAGACAUAACGAAAAGCUGAACCAGCUCGUUUUGCGCGAGGAGCCGAACCAAAUUAUUCCUGGACGAUCAAAAGAGCGGUAGAUUUGGUAGCUGCCCCUAGCUGUGCAACUGGAUGCCGAUAUCUUUACUGACUAUGAUACGUACGAGAUAGACCAGAUUAUGGUAAUUUUAUGUUCACUGCACACACA